GUAUAUUGCCUGAUUGUUCUACCCCUGUUCCCACUCUCCCUACCCCCCUGUAUUCUGUGAACACCGGCACCUCUCAAGUACCGCAUCAGUUCAGAUGUCGAUGGAACAGGACACCGGGGCACUGCCACGGCGCAGUGCCAGGAUCGCAGUUCGUGCCCACCCUGCGGUACCUCCAAGACCCAAGAGAUUCAGCAGACGGACGACUCCAGCGGCAUCAAGUACGGCAUUGACAGUACAAGACACCACCGGAGAUCUUCCCGCAUGCCCGGUCCAAGAGGCCAGCGAGCCUUUGGCUGACUAUCAUGGGCGGCUACAGGCAUUUACAGACGCCGCCGCCGAGGCUCAGCAGGCUGCGGCAGAGGCAGAACGUCAGCGGCUGKCCAAUGAGGCGGCAGCCGAAGCUCAGCGGACAGCUGAGACUGACGAAGCGGCACGAAACAGACGGAAUGCCGCCAGCACGGAGUCCCUGAUUGCUAGUGAGCAUCAGUGGACAACGAUACUCCAAGGCAUGAUCUUUGUGCCUACGGAAACGCAGGCGGAGCCGACACAGGCGGAGGCAGAGAGAAGUAACCUGGCUACCGUGAUGUUGAACGUAAUGAGGGGAGUAAUGUGGAACAACAAACUACUGCAGGCACACCUGCACGCGGAACGACAGCAAAGACAACAGUACCAGCAAGACCUGGCCGCUGUAACGGCCGGCGUCCGCGACGCAGCAAUGAAGCAGCAGCAACAGCAACAACUGAUGAACUCUACCAUCGCACGCAUCAACGGCAUCGAGGCCAAGGCCUCAGCAGCGCCAGGCUGCAUGACGGACGCGACGAAGCAAAUCAACGAACGCAUCGAUCACGUUGUCACCAUCAUCGGCGACAUAGGUGUUUUCAAGGAACCGGACACGAUCAGCAGCACGGUGGCCGCCAUCAAGACGGGCAUCACCAAGCUACAGACGAGACCGGACGCCGCUACAAAGACGUUCAAGAUGCCGCACUUCGACAUCUGCAAGUUCGACGACUACAACAAGUCGGACGCUUUGACAGGGUGGCAAUGUUUCCUCACGGAAGCGUCAUGCCGCACUGUCCCGGCGAACGACAUGUUGAAGGCAGUCUAUUUGCAACUGAUUGGAGGAGCGCAGGCAUGGAUGAACCACCUGGCGGCCACCCACAAGUGCACCAUCGCCGAACUCCACACGCACAUCACGUGGAAGGAGUUCGAGCAGCUAUGGUUCACCCGGUUCAUGGUCCGCAACGUCGUGAAGGCGGCCAUGAAUGAGGUGUACACAUGCUCUCAGGGGAACAUGCCAACUCGAGACUGGACAACGAAGUGGCAAAAGAUAGAUGUUUCGCGCAAACUCCUUCCGAAAUGGUUCGGACCAUGGGAAGUCACGUCUGCCGUUGGAGACGACCCCGCAGGUCCUUCCUUCGUGAUCAACAUUCCACCGCACCUAACAGUGCAUCGGGUCUUCCACGCAUCGAAGCUAGCCAUCUACACGCCACCUUCAGCUGACGAGUUCCCCGGACGUCCAUCACAGGAUCCGCCUUCUAUGGACGGACAUSAGGAAGUUGACCGAGUCAUCACGCACCGCAAGUAUGGCAACAAGCCAAGGCAGUACAAAGUCACAUUCAAGCAAUGUGCGCUUGAUGACACUCGAUGGAUCUCCAGUACAGAUUUGCAGACUUCUGCACCCCUCAUCUUCGCCGACGAUGAGAAGCGACGCCUUGCUAAGGACGCAGCUCGUCCCGCCCGUCCCACCCCGGCGCCUAGAGCUCCUCGACAUCAACUCGGGAGGAAGGUGUCUCUUGCACCUGGGCAGCAAGUUCUUAGCUCGCACUGGGGAAGCAUCAUCAAUUCUCUGUUGAAGUUGCUGAAUAUCCUGCGUGGAAACAAGGUGCCCCCCUAUUUGGUCAGGAAGACUUUCACCCAGAUUUUCUCAUUCAUCAAUGUUCAACUGCUCAACAGUCUGCUCUUGAGGCGUGAGUGCUGCUCUUUCAGCAAUGGAGAAUACAUUAAAGCUGGAUUGGCACAGCUGGAGCAUUGGAUCUAUGAGGCUGGAGAGGAGUAUGCAGGUGCUUCCUGGGAGGAGCUGAGAUAUAUCAGGCAAGCUGUUGGUUUCCUGGUCAUUCAUCAGAAGCCAAAGAAGUCGUUGGAUGAAAUCAUGCAUGAUCUUUGCCCGGCACUGAGCAUCCAGCAGUUGUACCGGAUCAGCACAAUGUACUGGGAUGACAAGUAUGGCACCCACACGGUAGCCCCGGAGGUUAUUCAGAACAUGAGGAUUUUGAUGACAGAAGAUUCUAAUAAUGCUGUGAGCAAUUCCUUCCUUUUGGACGAUGAUUCUGGCAUACCUUUCUCGGUUGAUGAUAUCUCAAAGUCCAUGCCGGAGGUUGAUUUGUCUGAAGUUCAUCCGCCUCCCCUGUUGAAAGGCAUGCCUUCCUUCAGGUUCCUUCAACCAGAAAAGGCAUAGGGAUGAUCUUCACAGGAGGGAUCAUGAAUCAGUUCCUUCAAAAAGAGUAGUAUGAAUGGAGUUUGCACGAGGAAUCAGGAUCCUCCACAUUCCCUCAACUAGAGCAGGAACGAUGUUCACAGGAGGUUCAGGAAUCAGUGCAGCUGGGUAAAAACCUGAGAUACCUUUGAGCAAGGAAGGAAAUCGUCAGUCAUUGGUCCUCAGCACGUCAGCAGUGUCCAUCUUUCUGUGUGCGACCUUCUGAGAAGAAAGGGCAUCUCCUCAGCAAGCCAGCGGCGUCCAUGUAUCUCCCUCUCCUGGACAGGCACACAAACACAGAGCGUAAAAUCAGCAGAGGGUGUUGAUGGUGGGAUGCUGUUGCAGUUCCAUAUAACAAUGCAUCAUCGCAGUUCUCCGUCGGGUGCAGGGUGGGGGAUGUGUGUGGAUAUGGAUGGAAGCCCCUAUUGUCUGCUUGUUGUCUUCUCUGGCUGCCAACUCCUCAUGUCCCAGAGGCACACUGGCUAUAACGGUAUCUACUUGUUGUUUUGGCAUACAAGUGUCCCCGUUGCUAUCAUUAGCAUAUGUGCAGAAGUUAAGUUGGUGACGUUGUCUCUAUAUUUAUCCUAUGAAGUGGUUAUCUUGAUCUCCUUAGGAUUUGAUGUCGAGUACCCAAUUGAUUGAUUGUUUGUUCAUGAAGCAAGCCCUGCCUUGCCUCAGGUUCCACCUUGUUUCGUCCAUGUAGGCAUGGCCAUCCACGUUCCGUUUGCAUUUUACGAGACCUAUCUUCUGCUUCUUAUCCUCCUCCACCAUGUCAGAGGGCUCUAAUCCUUCUGCUGCAUCUCUCCCCUAUCUCCUUUGCCCGCCCUCCCUGGAUUCUUUCUUUCCAAACCCAUCGUCAUUGGUUGUCAGGCAGAAUGGUCAACCAGGCUCUUGAGACUUUUGGGGGUGGUGGUUGACGUGCGGAGUGUCAGAAGCACUGCGUAUAAAGAUUUAUGCCUUUCAGCAGGGGUGCAAUCCCUUUCUAUUCUUGUCUUACAUGUGUUUCCUUGUUCUUUCUUGUUAAUGUUCAUUAGCUUUGCUCUCUUCCUUUUCCCCCACACAGUACUGCUGUGGGAUCUUUGUAUUGAUUGAGGACGGAGUGCUUCAUACAAUAUGAGGAUUUAUUAGGAUACUGGUUGGCUGAGGUUGGUCAAUUGUUCUGCGAACAGUUUGUUGAAAAGUUUCAGUAUUGGUCUUUCCAAUACAUUUGUGUGCAAUUCAUCUUCUGGAUAUGUCUAUGUGUGCAAGUCAUCUUCUGAAUAAUAUGUUUGUCCAUGCAAAUAAGUUGAAAUCAUGGUUUAUGCAUGUUGUUUCCCAGGGUUGUGGUAGUGUGCUAACUUUCUCUGGUCCUCGGGUGUUCCUGGGAGAAUCAUGAAUCAGACUGCAUGAAAGAGUUGUCAUGAACUAAUGUAUCCCCUUCCCGCAGUGGCAAAAGCUUGUAUUGUGGAAUUCCCCUACCUAGUAUCCAAUGCGCUGUUCUGGUUAGACCUUUCGGGGCUGUUUGGAGGCAAGCAUAUCUUAACAUUAUGCCGAGAAGAAUGCUGUGACUGACAAUGGUGGACAACAGAUGGACGGGUGUGUGCUUGCCGUCCUGUCUAGCACCUUCCUGGCACAUUAAUACUUCCGUCGUUCCCAUCUUUAUGCCAGACAGCAAUGGUCCCUGAAUGGGGUAUCCUGUUAUCCAGGCAUCUCCCGUUCAGCUGUGCUCUUGAUAGCCAGAUAUCAUGCUGUUUAAGGGGUCCUUGGGAUCAUGUGAAGAUUAUUGUUCAAAGACUUGUCUAGCACCUUCCUGGCACAUUCAUAUUUCCAUCGUUCCCAUCUUUAUGCCAGACAGCAAUGGUCCCUGAAUGGGGUAUCUUGUAAUCCAGGCAUCUCCCGUUCAGCUGUGCCUUGAUAGC